CGCUAUACGGAAGGUUUAAGGAUCGUGGGGCCGCAGUCGAAACUCUGGCGUCAAAGAGCGUGGAGGUGUGCCAGUGUAAAAUUUGUCUGCUUCGUAGGUAAAGACGAGGACCGGUCGGUGCGCUCUCUCCAAUUAGCUGACGAGAGCAUGAAAAUCGUUGGCAGCCAUGGGUAUGGACGACCGCACGACGACCUUUGGCCGCAAGCGCAGCUGCACCAUAACGCGCUGCGGAGCAUUUGCACUGGUGCUCACCUUCGUCGGGAGCAUCGUGAUCACGGGCCUACUCGUCUGUCACUUCGCGCCAUGUGUCGACGGUAAAAUAAGCCAGCACCGGGACAUCCUCGACUGGGAGGAGUCCUCGAUGUUCAGGGCCGGGCGCAGUUUCCGAAGAUCGCGCGCCAACAAAAUCAACGUGAGGCUGCCACGGUCCAUCGUACCCAAGAGCUACGACGUCAACCUCGUGCCUUUCAUCUGGGAAGGCAACUUCACUUUCAAUGGCGAGGUGAAAAUUGUCGUAAGCGUCGUACAAGAUACAACGAAUGUGACGUUGCACGCUUUCGACAUGGACAUCAAUUCUAAAUACACCAGCGUGUCGGAAUAUCCUGCCGCAUCUAAAAGUAAUAAAGUGAUAAAAAUAAAUCAGCAAUUUAAUGACACAAUUCGGCAAUUCUAUAUCAUAAAGUUGGCAAAAACGCUCAAAGCUGGAAAGCAGUACUUAAUUUAUUUGAAGUACAUUGGCCGACUGAAUGAUUAUCUUCAAGGCUUUUACAGAAGUUCGUACAUCGUUAACAAUGAGACAAGGUGGAUCGCCACAACGCAAUUCCAACCCACCGAUGCGCGUCGAGCUUUUCCGUGCUUCGACGAACCGGCAUUUAAAGCUACAUUCCAAAUUAACAUUGCUCGACCAACCAAUAUGACUUCUGUCUCAAAUAUGCCGAGGGAACGGGAAUCUCAGCCAGUAGAAGGAAUGCCUACAUAUGUGUGGGAUCAUUUUCAACGUUCGGUACCGAUGUCUACGUAUUUGGUCGCGUUCAUGGUCGCCGAUUUCGAGGCUCGGCACUCCGAGUCCCGCAAUGUUAGUGUUUGGGCUCGAAAAGAUGCUUUAGAACAGUCGGAUUACAGUCUUCAAAUUGGCCCGAAGAUUCUUGAUUACUACGAGAAUUAUUUCCAGAUCAAAUUUCCAUUACCAAAGAUUGAUAUGGUUGCCCUUCCGGAUUUCUCCGCUGGGGCUAUGGAAAACUGGGGAUUGAUUACUUACAGAGAAACUGCUCUGCUAUAUCAAGACGGAGUAUCCGCAAACGGCAAUAAACAAAGAGUUGCAGCAGUAGUUGCUCAUGAACUUGCACAUCAAUGGUUCGGUAAUUUGGUAACUCCAAGUUGGUGGACAGAUCUAUGGCUUAACGAGGGUUUCGCUAGUUACGUCGAAAAUAUCGGAAUUGACGCAGUGGAGCCCAGUUGGAAAGCUCUGGAACAAUUUGUCGUUCAUGAUAUGCAAAAUGUAUUCGCUCCGGAUGCACUCGAAAGUUCCCAUCCAAUAACCAUUGAGGUCGAUAAUCCGGAUGAAAUCAAUGAGAUAUUUGAUCGGAUCUCAUAUGCUAAAGGUGCCUCCAUAAUACGGAUGAUGGAUCACUUUUUAACGACAGAGGUGUUUAAGCGCGGCUUAACCAAUUACCUCAAUGCUAAGGCAUACAAGAGCGCUGACCAAGACAACCUGUGGCACACCUUGACAAAGCAAGCCCAUAAGGACGAAGUUCUUGACAAAGAUAUAACUGUUAAACAAAUAAUGGAUACGUGGACAUUGCAAACUGGAUUCCCCGUCAUUACGGUUAAGCGUAAUUAUCAAGAUAAUACUGCUGUCAUUACCCAGGAACGUUUUAUGCUGAGAAAUCAUAGCAAGAAGGGAAAAUCUCCACUUUGGUGGGUCCCCAUCACAUAUACUACCGCAACGAAGUUAAAUUUUAAUAAAACAAAGCCAUCGACAUGGAUGAAAGUCGAAAAGUCAAUUAAUCUAGAUAAUGUAAGCGACGAUCCAAAUGAAUGGGUUAUUUUCAAUUUAUUAGAAACAGGUUACUACCGAGUGAAUUACGAUCAAAAGAAUUGGCAGGCGAUAAUCAAGCACUUGAAAAGCGAGGGCUACAAGGACAUACCGACGAUAAAUCGGGCACAAUUGCUAGACGACGCCCUUAAUCUGGCGAGAGCCGGUCUGUUGGAUUAUGGGACGGCCAUGGACGUGACAUCUUAUCUCGAGCAAGAGACGGAGUAUCUGCCGUGGAAGGCAGCCCUCUCAGCCAUAAUUUACCUCGACAACAUGCUCGUGAAUGUUCAGGGCUACGACAUGUUCAGGAAACAUUGCCUGAAACUUCUGGACAACGUGUACCGCAACGUCAGCUUUAAAGACGACACGAACGACCCUCAAUUAACGGUAUUCACGCGAGCCGACAUCCUCACGUUGGCCUGCGACCUCGGCCAGCAGGACUGCGUCAGCAACGCCGUGAAGCAGUUUCAAGAAUGGCGAGCCAGUAACAAUACCAGCGUCAGCAAUCCCAUCUCGCCUAAUCUGAAGAGCAUCAUUUAUUGCACGGCGAUCCGCAUGGGCGGGGAGUCCGAUUGGAAUUUUAUGUGGCAGCAAUACCUUAAGUCCAACGUUGGCUCGGAGAAGGACUUGUUGUUGCAGGCUCUGGGAUGCACGAGGGAGACCUGGUUGCUUAGUAGGUACCUGAAUUGGGCCUCGAGCAGCAAUUCCUUUAUCAGGAAGCAGGACAUGACGAGGGUGUUCGCGUCCGUAGCGAAUAAUAUAAUCGGCCAGCCGAUAGCCUUCAACUUCUUCAGGAACAAAUGGAAUCAACUGAAGGAAUACUUAGGCACAUCGUUCAGCAGCAUUAAUGGCAUCAUUAAGGCAUCGACCAAUCGCAUUAAUUCUAAAUACGAGCUAAAAGACCUUGUAGAAUUCGUAAAUGAGCACAAGGAGGAAUUUGGCAGUGCCUCUCGAGCUGCCGAACAAGCAAUAGAACACGUCGAGGCGAACAUUCAGUGGCUGGAGAGAAAUCAUAAGAAAAUUUACAACUGGCUGAAGAAGAAAUCGUAAAUGAAUAAAACGAGACAAAGGAUCAAGAGUAUUUUCACUUUUAGGAUACACGAAAAUGCAGUACAAUAAAAUUUUGCUUUAUAAUGUGCAGAGCAUCAUACACUGACGUGAAAGAAUAUACUUAUAACAAUUAAUAUGGCUAAUUCAUUAAUAUAUUUCUUAUUUGCUACGAAUUAUUCUUGGAAUACAUUAAUUGGUAAAAA